CUUAACUUUCAAUCAUUAGUAUUGUUUGUAGCUCCCGUCAGAAAUCCAAAUUGCUUCGAUCCAACCAUCACAAACGUGACAUUUUUGCUUCCAUCUGAAAUGAAGAUAGCUCAUUCCUUGUUUCGCCGACUGGCGGCAUCUUCCCGUCCGGCCGCUGCGGUCCAAACGACUCUCUCACCCUUCCGGGGGGCGAUGGGAUCGGCCGCUAGCAGUGCAGCGAGUGCUUUCUUCUGUUCUGGAACACCGGUCGAUAUGCCCCUCUCGGCUAUUUCCAACCAUCCAAGCGCCGGUUCACGGUCGUUUUCCUCGAAGUCUAACCUGCUGGAAAUCCUGUCACGAGAAGAACAAGAGGAAAUUGAAACCGGGAACACGGAAAUGCCCCCAGAGCUGUCUGACCUAAAGGCAACGAUCGAAAAGUCUUGGAAAAUUGUCGAAGACGGCGCUACCACGAACUUUUUCCGAAUCGAAAGCUCUUCCAGCAACAAAAUCCAGGUAUCCUUUCAUUGCCAGGACACGCUAGAGGUCGAGGAACCCGAAUACGACGACAGCAUGGAGGAGGACAGCGACGAGGAGGAAGACGAGGCCUCAGCUCCCGUUCGGUUCACGGUGACCGUGACAAAGGCCGGAAAAUCUCUGAACUUUGCCUGCUUUUCGGAGUACGGCCAGGUCAAGGUGGAGGGUGUUUCCACGACGAGCUAUUCCACGGCUGAAUACGUCCACGAGAACCAGGGCACGCUCCCCAAGCACGAAUAUCAGGGCCCGGAUUUCACGGAACUUGCCGAGGACCUACAGGAAGGCCUGGCCGAAUACCUGGACGAGGAGUGUGGCGUGGAUUCCGACAUGGCCGCCUUUAUCGCAAUGUUUGCUGACUAUAGGGAGGAAUUACAGUACGUGGACUUUCUCAAACAGGCCCAGUCCAUUGUAUCAUGACCGGCGACGACCAUAGCCCUUUAGACAAGCUGCAAUGCGUGCUUGAGGCACAAGCUUCGCGUUGGACCGUAAAAGGAAAGAAUAGAUUUAGCUAGGCGGU